AGAAAAGUUGUGAUGGCGGCUGCGACUGAAGCCGAGGAGGUGAGUGCCACGGCCACUUCCCAGAGAGUUUUGUGGGUGCCAGUUGGUAGCGUGGAGGAGGGGUCUGACCGGCUGGCGGAGGAACUGGCCGCCCAGAAGCGCGAACAGAGACUGCGCAAAUUUCGGGAGCUGCAUCUGAAGCGGAAUGAAGCUCGUAAAUUGAAUCACCAGGAAGUUGUGGAAGAAGAUAAAAGACUUAAGUUACCUGCAAACUGGGAAGCCAAAAAAGCUCGUUUGGAAUGGGAACUACAGGAAGAACAAAAGAAAAAGGAAUGUGCAGCAAGAGGGGAAGACUAUGAGAAAAUGAAGUUGCUAGAGAUCAGUGCAGAAGAUGCAGAAAGAUGGGAGAGGAAAAAGAAGAGGAAAAACCCUGAUCUGGGAUUUUCUGAUUAUGCUGCUGCCCAGUUACGCCAAUAUCAUCGGUUGACUAAGCAGAUCAAACCUAACAUGGAAGCGUAUGAGAGGCUGAGAGAAAAACAUGGAGAAGAGUUUUUCCCAACAUCCAACAGUCUUCUUCAUGGAACACAUGUGCCUUCCACAGAGGAAAUUGAUAGGAUGGUCAUAGAUCUGGAAAAACAAAUUGAAAAACGAGACAAAUAUAGCCGGAGACGUCCUUAUAAUGAUGAUGCGGAUAUUGACUACAUUAAUGAAAGGAAUGCCAAAUUCAACAAGAAAGCAGAAAGAUUCUAUGGGAAAUAUACAGCUGAAAUUAAACAGAAUUUGGAAAGAGGAACAGCUGUUUAAUUCCAUCAGGAACUGUUUUUAGAAGUUUGAGAAUGGAGUGAAAAUUUCUGCUAGCAAAUUGAAGUUCUCUUAAAUUUUAUUAGUUAACCAGAACUUAGUCUAUACCUUCCCACUCAGCAUUUAGAAAUAAAAAUGUUUUUUCUUAAACAUAUACUUCCAUGUAUAUUUCCACAUUUUUUGCGCUUGGAUAUAAGAAGUAUUUCUUGUAGUGAAGUUGUUUUGUAAAAAUCUACUUUGUAUAAAUUCUAAUUAUAUUAUUUUUCUAUGUAUUUUGAAUGUGUAUGACUGUUUAAUCUUUGAAGCAUUUUGGGCUUAAGAUUGCUGGCAGCGUGCAUAAAUGCAGUCACUAUUGCUUUGAAUAUUGUUAUGAAUUUGGCAAAAUCUAGAGCUGGACUUGGGAACUGAAGCUGUGGACAGUGAAGAUGGCAGUGGCUACUAGAGGGAUGGUACAGUCUCUCCCCAGAGCUGCAUAUGAUCAAGUUCAGGGAGUAGCAGAACUAUCCUGCCAUGGCUAUUGCAUGUACAGUUCUUUUUUUCCGAAAAACAAUAAAAUGCUUUGGAAUAGAA